AUGUCAGUUUGGCUUAUGGCCACUUCUUUACUUCCCUCUUCCUCCAUACAAAGUGCAUCGGAUGUAUCCAACUUUCAUUUGAUAAACCAGCUUUUGGGGCGACAGCGACGGGUUCCUAGUCAGUCUGAAGACAAUGCAACUGGCCUUUUCAAAGAAGAGAGGGCCGAGGAUGAAGAUGAGCCCCUGGUAGCGGAGUCCAUGAAUCUUUCUGCUUUGGAGCGCCUCAAUGCUGUCCGCAGGUCUCAUUUGAAACCCACUUUGUCUGGCAGCUCAUCCUCAACAGUCGGAUCUCAAGCGCAUAUUCCUUUAGAGCCCUUAGGAAUCACAGACCAGCGACUGAAUUAUCGGGACAUUUGGAAAGACGGUCUGCACCUCUUGGUUAGUUGUGUUUAUUUUAUGCCUGAAGUUGCAUCAUAA